CCACUUAAUGAUGUUCUUGGAGUAUAUCCAGAGUUAAAGGACCGAUCAAUUCAAGAGGGUGAUGCAUUCUCUAUUGUUUGUGGACCGAAAGAGCCAAAAGGAUAUGUUCGUGUUUUGGGUUUAGGUCCUACUCCUCAAGAUAUUGGCACUCCAGAGUUGAAGUCUUAUACUGCAACAAGACUACAAAUGGAGAUUCUUGCUCGUACAAAGGUUCAAAGUGAGAAGGCUGCUUUAGAAGAGCGUGUACUUGAGCUACAGACUCAAAUUGAGCAAAGGGCUCAACCAGACCGGGCAAGUGAAGAGCCCAUGUCACAUCGCGGCUCUACUUCAUUUCAACAUAAGGUGAUGAGGAACAAGUUUGCUGCUGAGGAUGAGGAAGACAAUGAAGAAUAUUGUGCUUCUGAAGAUGAGGAAUUAGAUGAUGAGGAUGAUCAAAUAUUUCAUCAGAUGCAAGGUGCUAACUCACCAAGAUCUACAAGGCACUUUGCUGAAGCUUCACACUCUAAACAUGAUGAUCUUGUUGGAAAAGAUGUCAUAUUAUAUGCUAUGUUGAGAUCUGAUUUGCCUGUGGCUAAAGGGACAAUUGUUUCUACUAAACCAAGCACCACAGUUGGAGGCCAGAUCCUUGGAAGGCAAUAUUGUGAAGUUAUUGUAACUUGUGUGAUAAAACGAGAUACAGUUUUGCCUCGCCCUUGUGCAAAUGUGGAAACUAUGGCUGAUGCUUACAUGAUGUCAGUUGCAUGGCCGUACAAGAAACUGAAGUUGGUGCAUAAGGCUGCAACACCGUCUAGUGGAGGGUGUUCUGGACAAAGAAAGCUUGUACCUUAAAACAGGAGGAUACAAGAAGCUGGAGUGGUUGCCUGAAGGCUUUUGAACUGCUUGAAGCAUUAGUGUAGCUUUAGUGCUUUUGUGACUGAUCAGCUCUGGAGCAGCUAGAGUGAUGUAGUUGUGGGCUUUUGAACAAUAGCUGGAGUGAUAUGAAACAUUAGUGAUGUAGUUGUGGGCUUUUGAACUGCUUCAAGCUGGAGUGAUGUCGCUGUGGUGCUUUUGUGACUGAUCAUCUCUGGAGCUUUUGUGAAUGAUCUAGCUAUUUGUAAAUGAUCGAAUUGUGAAUGAUAUUAUAAUUGUGAUACUUUUGUGAUCA